ACGGUACCACUACUUGGGAAAUGUCGAACCUCACCAGCCACUUUGUUUUUAGUCACCUUUGUAAUUUGCAUUUAUGACCGUGAUUGCAUCCCCUUAAAGAGACACAGCGAGGCGAGUCAACAAGGGAGUAGAUCUGUGUGUGAGCAGUGUGAAAAUCAACAUGGUGCAGUUUUUCACUCUACUCGUUAUUUACCUCCCCGUCUAUCUGGCAGCCACUCAGCACUACAGCAGAGCUCUAUAUCCAUCAGCAUAUAGAAUAAAGCGUGGAACAUAUUCGCUGAUCAACCCGACAUUCCAGCACUCAGCAGAUGAUAUCAACCUGCUUUUUGAGAUGCUGCUGGCUGGGAUGCAGAUCCGAGGGGAGGAGCAGGGUAUGCUGAUCCCAGAUGAGGAGCUCGCCUCAUUGAGGAGGGUGGAGAAACUGGAGGUCAUCUGUGAGGACGUUCUGCCUAAGAAGCUAUCGGACAUCCGGCGUCUAACAUCUGAGCUCACCCAGCGCCAACGCCCUUUGAGCUGGCAGGACUUUGAGAGGACGGUGCUGACCCUGGUUUACACUUCUCAGACACUGACUCAAAUCAGUAACAAACAGCAGAGAGAGGCGUGGAGUCAGACUCUGAUCCAACUGUUCAGAGCUGUACAGAAGGACCUCAGACCUUCAUGAAAAUGAUGUUAACCUUCAUGCCCUCCUCAAGUUUACAAUACUCUAGUGAC